AUGGCCAAGAACCAGUCCGAGGUGGCGGGGGACGACCUGGCCCAGCUGACCGACGGCGAGCUCCUCCGCGGCGGCAAGGAGGAGCUCCUCCGCCUGCUGCGCCGAGUCGACGGCGAGAAGAUGAACCUGAUGAUCGAGCACGGCAACCUGAUGAAGGACAUCAACCGGCGGCUCCAGGUGCACCUCCACGAGAUCCGGAGCCUGAAGGAGGUCAACCAGAAGCUUCAGGAUGACAACCAGGAGCUCCGAGAACUCUGCUGCUUCCUGGACGAUGACCGACAAAAAGGCAAGAAGCUGUCCCGGGAGUGGCAACGCUUCGGCCGCUACACUGCCAGCGCCAUGUGGAAGGAAGUUGGUACCUACAUGUUGAAGCUCAAAGAACUCGAGGCCAACCAGGAGACGGUUCUCCGGGAGAACGCCGAGCUCAAGGAGAUCAUCCUCAUGCUGGACGAGGAGAGGAACGGAGCCGGUUCCAGGAGCUCCAUAGACAGCCAGUCCAGCCUGAGCAACCUCAACGGGGGCACCGGAACCGUCCGGGACGUGGGGGACGGGAGCAGCACCUCCAGCGCUGGAAGCGCAGGGAGUCCGGACCAUCACCACAACCACCACCACAACCACACCAAUGUCAACAAAGCCGCCCCAGAGACCGCCAAGUUGGGGCAAACCAUGACGCGGAGGUCCAUGGACGACCUGUCGGUGCCGCACCAUCACAGGAGCAUCCCUAAUGGACUCAAUGAUUCCUCCUCCAACUACAUCCGUCAGCUGGAGACCAAAGUGCGAAUCCUAGAGGAUGACAACAACAAGCUCCUGUCGCAGGCUCAUACCCGUUAUAGUUUAUCACAGAUACAAAUGAAGAAGUGUAAUCCAGGUGACCUGCGGGCCCUGCGGAAAGGGAUGACCCUGUACCACUCUGAGUCGCAGCUGUCCUCGCUUCCCCAACGCCAGGACGCCAUGCACAACAUGGGCACGGGCCGUCUUCCCAACAGCGAAUCGUCUCCGGCCACGGGAUAUCUGUCGUGCGUCCAAAAGCCGGAAGCGGUGGUGCACGCCAUGAAGGUUCUGGAGGUCCACGACAACCUGGACAAGCAACUUCCCGAAGAUUACGAGGACGACCUCAGCGAGAAAGAGAAAGCCGUCGUCAGGGAAAUGUGCAACGUGGUGUGGAGGAAACUCGGCGACGCGGCCGGCUCCAAACUGUCCAUCCGCCAGCACCUGUCCGGCAACCAGUUCAAGGGUCCGCUGUAG